UUACAAACGUUUCACGCGGUCCGUCGGCAACAGACGUCACGAGCUGCGCAUCACGUCGCAUUGUUCAUCUGGUCCACGCCGACAAGUGUACGAGCCCUCCCGCCAUCCCUGGGCAAGCGCGCACGUGAACAACGAUCUUCACAUAGGUAACCUAUUAAAUAAGGGAAGUUUUCGCGAACGCACGGGGUUACCGUACUGCGACGCGCGCGAAACGAUACGAUAGUCAUGAAAACGUGCCGACACCUGCCGACCCGCAGCCACGCGACCCGCGGAAGACGUCGUUGACAGGUGUUCGAAGCCGUCGAACGCAUUCCGCCGCGGGCCAGUGUCCGUUUCGGGUGUGCAGCCGCCGUCCCCCCCGCAACCAGUACCACCGCUACGCGAUGGCCCGACCCGGCGUGGUGGCGCCCCUCAUCCAGUUGCUGCUGUGCGCGGCCGCUCUGCGACCCGCCGCCGUGAUGGUCAACGGCCAGGACGCAGACUCACUGGCCAGCAGCUUUUUCUCAGGUUUGCUGGACACCAUCACCAGUACGGCGGACAGCAAGGACUGCCCGGGCGUUUGCGUGCACACGCUGGCCACGCUCAUAUGCUACGAGGUGCUGGAAAACGUUAAGUGCCCCAGCCCGACGAUGCGUUGCUGCGUGGAACCUCCUCCGCUGCCGGCCAACGGCACGGCGGCCACCGUCAGCAAUAAGGUGGUCCAAACGACGCCGGCCGCGGGGUCCAGCACCCGGCCGCAACCGGUCUCUUCUAACAACCAACAGCAGAGGCCGGCUGUUAAUUCGUCGUCCGCGGACAAUCCGGGCAUCGUGUGUCCGGGAGUGUGCGUGGCCGAAAGGAUAGCCGACUACUGCGAAGCCGUUCUGAACGUGACGGAGAUGUGCAAGACGGGUCUGCGGUGUUGCGUGUCCAAGGACGCUUUUGCCGGCGCCGAACACCUGGUCGUGUUGGACAGGAACUCGACCAGGAUCAGCCUAAACAACGCCCCACACCGGCCACCGCCAUCGACGUCCACCACGACGACGGCGGCGACGACGACAGCGGCCGCGGACACCUCGGCGUCUGCGUCCGCGCCCGCGCCGCCGGUGGGCAGCAAACAGUGUCGCGGCGAGUGCGUCAGCGGGCUGUUCGCGCUGUUCUGCGAUGACGUGGACGCCGAAGCGUACUGUCCCGGUGACGACAGUAGUUGCUGCGUCACCGCGCCCGCCGACGGACAGUCGGGCCCGCAGCCACCGCCACCACGUCCCACCCAGCCGUCCAAACAAUCAUCGACCCGGCCACCGACGUCCACCACCACGGCCACGGGCCGGCCUUUACCCAAGUGUCCAGGCUUCUGUCUGCUCAACCUGAUGGCCGCGUUCUGCGAACGACCGUCAGUGCUGGUCUCGUACACGUCCACGUGUAAACAAGGCUCGGUGUGCUGCGACAACACCAAGGCGGCCGCACCGUCGUCCGCGCAUGCCACGCAAAAACCCAAACCCCGGCCACCCGCGCCCACCACCACCACGGUGGCCACGCCACCCGCACCUCCCGACGAACGGCCGGAGUGCCCGGGAUCGUGUAUCGUCCCUUAUUUGUCUUUCACGUGUUUCAGAAACGCUGAAAUGACGGACGUAUUCAAAUGCCGAAAACCGGGAACGCAGUGUUGUGCUUCGAAAACGCAAAUCCGAGAAGUCGUCGAACAGAAGACUGGCGUCAUCAACAACGUGGUUAAUCCACCGCAAUCCACACAUCAGACCUAUGGUGGGUUUACGCACAGAAACGACACCGUACCGCCGUUUAGGCCACACGUGCCGAGUUCGUUGCAAGUAUACACUCCGUCACCAGUCGACUAUUCGGCGAAUCCUACAGUGUCCACGUUGACCACGUCGAAUCCUGUACCUUCCAAACCGUCGACGUACAGCAAGUACGUGUGYGGUGUAAAAGGAACGUCCAGGACGAGGACGUCGAGGGUAGUCGGUGGUGAAGACGCRGACGCGGCCGAGUGGUGUUGGCAAGUGGCGCUGAUCAACUCCUUAAACCAAUAUCUGUGCGGAGGAGCAUUGAUCGGCACUCAAUGGGUGUUGACUGCUGCGCAUUGCGUUACAAACAUUGUGAGGUCCGGUGACGCGAUUUACGUGCGGGUGGGCGAUCACGAUCUGACCAGAAAAUACGGAAGUCCGGGAGCACAGACACUCCGGGUGGCCACCACGUACAUCCACCACAACCACAAUUCACAGACGCUGGACAACGACAUCGCCCUGCUCAAACUCCACGGCCAGGCUGAGCUCAAAGAUGGUGUGUGUCUGGUGUGCCUGCCGGCAAGGGGCGUCAGCCAUGCGGCCGGCAAACGGUGCACGGUCACCGGAUACGGAUACAUGGGCGAAGCUGGCCCGAUCCCGUUGCGCAUCCGGGAGGCCGAGAUCCCAGUGGUCAGCGACACUGAAUGCAUCCGAAAGAUAAACGCGGUCACCGAGAAGAUAUUCAUACUUCCGGCCAGCAGCUUUUGCGCCGGUGGUGAGGCCGGAAACGACGCCUGUCAGGGAGAUGGCGGUGGACCUCUUGUGUGUCAAGACGAUGGAUUUUUUGAAUUAGCUGGAUUGGUGUCUUGGGGUUUUGGAUGCGGCAGAAUAGAUGUACCCGGUGUAUACGUCAAGGUUUCAUCAUUUAUUGGUUGGAUCAAUCAAAUUAUAAGUGUAAACAAUUUGUAGUUUUAAACAUUCAAACAUUAGUUUGCAUUAAUUCAAAUUAAAGUCGAACAUUGUUUAGAUAAAUCUAAUUUAUCUAGUAAUUAUAUAGUAAUUUAUAAGUAAUUUUAAGCUAAAGCUUAAAUUCGUCAAUAGUUUAUUUAUUUAU